CCAAUGUCUGAAAUCAAUUCAACUGUUUCUCUAUUUAAUUGUCCCACAUGUCAAGUAGAAGGUGAAGGGGGAUGUGAGCUGCGCUAGCACGUCACUGUUUGCUCUGUUUACUCACUCCAAACCCGCGCCUUGACACCAAUUGCCCCAAAUACUAAAGACAUCACCAACACCACAACACCAAAACCAACACCAACACCAACACAAUGGCCUCCACCAUCUUCGUUCAGCCGACUCCGCUUGAAAUUAUCAAGCGCCAGGCCAAGACGUACGCGGACGUAGCACGCCUCUGGGUCAAGCAAUGGCUUAAAAGCCACCGCAAGCUCUUCCUCCUCGCGCAAUGCGCACGAUAUGGGGUCUUCGCAAAGAACCCUCUCCAAGUCAACGCGCUCAUCUUGAGAGAUCUGCGCUGCAAGCCGCUCCGCGAGUGCUUGCAAGAGGUGCUGAAGCUGCAGCGGGAGCUGAGGACGUUCGAGAAGAAGGUCAAGGAGUCGAUCAAGGAGGAGAGGAAGUGCGAUGCGCAGUUCUGGGCGCUUGCACGUACCAUGAAGCAGUGA